UCACUUAAGAGCCAUUGACGUAGCCCUCUUUAGCAAUGUCUUUUAACAGAGGCGCAGUCAGUGGAGGAACAGACAAGUGUUUUGAGACAAAGAUAAACGUGGGGGAAACAGAAAAAAAUGAAGUGUUGAGGAGGUUUGAAGUGUUCUGAAUCGGUACACCAUGUUGCUGUCGUGCUGUCCUGCGCGCUUCAAACCUAUGUGGAGCCUCUGGAGUGGGCACAACUGGUGUCCUCUCAUAUUCACAGCAGCAGCCAGUUGGUUUUGAGCAUCAGGUGAGCGUUUCAGACAAGAUCCCUGUACUCUUCUUCAUCUCCUUCCUCUGGGCCACACACACACACACACACACACACACACACACACACACACACUACUUCUGAACAGAGGAGAGGAGAGAGUGGCCGCAACCCCAAAGAAAGUAUGACCAAAGGAUCCGCGCCCUGACGCGCCAGCGGGUGCGUGCAUGUUGGACCGGUGAAGAGUGUGGACUUAGUAUGAAGCGCCAUGGCUUGGUGUGACCGCGGGGUUCAAACGCUGCUGGCCACCGUGGGGGCUUUCGCUGCCUUCAGCCUGAUGACCAUCGCCAUCGGCACGGACUACUGGCUCUAUUCGCGGGCGUACAUCUGCAACGGCACCAAUGCCACUACAGACGAGACCCAGCCGCAGCCCAAAACCAAGAAGGGCGAUCUCACCCACUCCGGGCUGUGGAGAAUCUGCUGUAUUGAAGGUAUCAACCAAGGCAGCUGUUACAGAAUCAACCAUUUCCCUGACGACAACGACUAUGACACAGACAGCUCUGAAUACCUGCUGCGUAUAGUUCGUGCCUCCAGUGUGUUCCCCAUUCUCAGCACCAUCUUGCUGAUGCUGGGUGGGCUGUGUGUAGGGGUGGGCCGAGUCUACAACAAGACAAAUAACGUCCUCCUCAGUGCAGGCAUUCUCUUUGUAGCUGCAGGUCUUAGUAACAUAAUUGGCAUCAUCGUCUACAUAUCGAGCAACGCAGGAGACCCCAAUGAUAAACGUGAUGAUGACAAGAAGUACACUUACUCCUAUGGCUGGUCCUUCUACUUUGGCGCCCUUUCCUUCAUCGUGGCCGAAACCGUGGCUGUCCUUGCCAUCAACAUCUACAUCGAAAAGAACAAGGAGGUCCGCUGGAAGGCGCGGCGCGAGUUCAUCCGUUCGCUCUCAUCCUCUUCCCCGUACUCGAGGAUACCGAGCUUCCGCUACCGCCGGCGAACAUCACACGCCAGCUCUCAUUCUACGGAGGCAUCCCGGGAGAACUCGCCGGUGGUCGGUCUGAAGGGUGCACCAUCUUCAAGCGGCCCCCUGGAUGAGCUGUCCAUGUACGCCCUGGCCAGGGACAGUGUCACGGAGAACACGUACAGCCCCGAGCAUGAAGCGGCUGCCGAGUUCCUCCAGGUCCAUAACUGUUUCCCCAAUGAUUUAAAGGAUGGGGUGAAUCGCAGAACCACACCGGUGUGAGUGGCUUAUUGCUGGGCUUGAGGUUCACCUGGAUGAAGAUGAAUGGGAAAUUAUGAAAAAGUCAGUGGGCUGACCUGCUGGAGCCUAAGUGCUUGUGAUAGCCUGCCAUUGUAGAGGCACAGUUUUCAGAGAGACUGUCCUCUUUGAAAGGACCAGAGGGAGACGAGAGGACAGGCAGCUGGAUAGAGCAUGAGCCAUUUAAGAGAAUCUGAUAAUUUACCUGCUUUUAGAGACCUCAAAGCAGAAUAGAGUUACCAUUGUCUGUGCUGUAGCCAAUGCAAAAUUAGUGUUAUCUUUCAACUGUGUCAAAAUGCUUAAAUGAGCAGUGUGUGGAUGUUUGUAUAACGGUCAUUACAUGUUGUGGACAAACUUGAGAAUGAAGCAUUGAGGUGUGCCAAUCAGCAGUAAUCUACCUGUAAAUAAUUUAACAAGGUGCUAAAUGAAAAAAAGUACUCUUCAACUUGAAAGUGUUCCAUUUGUGUGUGAAGUUAAAGUGUGGCCCUCUCUCCAAAGUUUCUAUUGUGUCCACAUAACCAGUUUGGUCUUGCCUUAUACUCAUAGUUUCGAAAGACAUAACAGGGGCUCUCUAUCUCAGCACUGUCCUGUAGAAUAAUAUAUAGCCUUUUAAAUAAACGCAAGUUAGAAAUAUUUUUAAUGCAUCCUUUUUCACAGUUUGGGAGUCAGUGUCUUUGAAUGGUUGACUUGCUGAGUUGUGAUGUAAUGAAUGUUUAGUAUUUUAGCACAUUGUACCAUUGUGUCCACCAUCCAGUCCUCCAAACAAUAUGAAAGGUUUUGUCUCGCUCGCUGCUUCUUCCUUAACCCUGUUCUUCUCUGACAUUUGUUGGCAGAACAAAAUGUCCAUUUUGUCAGUGGCAAACCUCUGUUCAAUGGUCCCUUUUAUUCACUUCCAUAUCAGUCCACCAUCCUUCCAUCACAACCCCCUGUUGGAUGUUACAUUGUGUAUGUGCCUGUCACAAGAGAAGAGCA